AAUUAGCCAAUGAAGAGAAACGAAAGCCCGAAAAGAGGUUACUGGGCCAAUGGCACUAGGAGGCUGGGCGGCGGCGUGACCGACAGCUCUCCUCACCAGUGGUCGGAGCCGGUGGGCGGUGAAGGAGCUGCCGCUCCACAAAUCACGGAGCGCGCGGCCGCGUGACGGAUGAGGAAGCGGCAGGUGCGCCCGCCCACAGGCGGCAAGCGGCCAAUGGGCGGAGGUAUCUGCUGAUGGGCGGCGGACGGGGCCAAUAGCCGCCCGGGGCGGGGUGAGAGCCGCGGGCGGGCCCGCCAUGUCCCCGCUGCCCGAGGCGGAGCUGGUGCGCAGCUCGGUGCAGCUGUACCGGUACCUGCUCCGCUGCUGCCGCCGCCUGCCGCCCGGCCCCAUCCGCCAGCACUACCGGCACGCCAUCAGACAGAGUUUCAAAGUCCAUGCUGAUGAAGAUGAUCCUCAGCGAAUCCAGCAGAUCAUUAAGAGAGCCAUUGAAGAUGCUGACUGGGUGAUGAAUAAAAUGUCUUCAGACAAUUUACAUGAACUUCCAGAACUACAGUUGCUUUUCCUCAGACCUUGCCCAUGGCUGCAGAGAUCAGGAAUAGACCACACAAGGGCAGAGCUGUGGUGCUGGGCUCCCCUGUGCUGUCAGACUGGUUUCUCAGGUGAAAGAAUGAGGAUGGUUUCCAUUAGACAGCUGAGAGUCACCUGUGCUUCCUGGGAUUUCAGUCUGGCUGGGGAGCGUGAUACCUUAACAUGGUGUAUAAUGAAACAAGUCAAAAGUUCAGCUUGCUCUCUAAAUAUCUAUGAUUUAAUUUACUAAGUGACUGCUAAGUCC